AUGUCCAUGACCCCUGCAGAGCUGUUGGCGGUUGCGCGUUGCGUAGCCGAGCGACAAUCAGGUCAGCUGCGGCUUCUGUGGAAGAUCGCAGCUUUUGCGGUGGAACAUCUGAGCUCCUUCACCGUGCAAGAUUUGGCAUGCCUUGCAAACGUGUAUUCGUCCAUCGAUUCUGUACAUCACGGAAUGCUCAACGUCGUUGCGCUCAUUCUGGCACGCCCAGAUGAUGAGCGUAAACUGGAUGAAAUCUUGGCUGUGGAUGUUCUGGCUUCUUUCGCCCGCGCUAAGUAUCCCCUGCCGCUGCUGCUGACAGAAGCGCGGAAGGCCUUAGCUGACUGCGAAUCCCUGGCACCAGCCCUGGCUCUUAGUGCCCUGCAAAGCUUUGCAACGCUGGAGGCCUUAGAUGGAGAGUUACUGGCAGCCUUUCUGCCUCGAGCCCUUGGCUCUGCAGAAAGCUCAAAACCAGGCUUACAGCAGGUAUGUUCCACCGCUUCUUGGGCUUGGGAAGCAUUGUCUCAGCUGGAGAAGGUGGGCGUGGAAAGUGCAUUCAUGCCGCAGGAGGUAGAGGUAGAGCAUGCCAACGAGCACAUGGGCAAGCUGGCAGUGAGAGAGACGCCGUUGCCUUCGAUGACCGGUCAAGAAGCGUUGGACAGGAUUGCUCAGAUUCUCAGCAAUUCGCUUCGCGCCUGCGACCUUCGGAUGUUGCGGCUCAUCCAGACGGCAGAUGGAACAUCGAUGUGCAUUCUGGUGGCAGAUAGGCGGCCCGUGCAGCUACAAAGCAAAAAACUGUUGGCAUCCGCAUUGCUUUUGACGCACGAGAAGGUAGAGGCCUACUGCAGCCUGGCUGGAGAGCUGAUGGCUGCAGCAACAUGCUCAGCCCUGCAGACUGCAUGGUCGGUCGAGCAGCAAGUGCUGUGGCUUCAGGUGGCUGUGGAAGCAGCAGAAGCUGCCCCGACAGUCUCAAAAACUGAGCUAGUUUUGCCGUUGCUGAAAGCCUUUCCUUCACAUGCGCCGCAUCUGCUGAUCCCAGAGGCGGCGUGCUUGGCAGGCAUGUUCCCGCGACUCCUCAUGCUGUGUCCUGCCUCACAGGCAGCAGUUACCGAGUCCAGCAUCGCGCUUGCAGAGGCUGUCCGUCCUGACCUUUUCCGCUUGCGGGUGCGCGAAGCUCGUCAAGUGCUCGAGGCGUAUCUCCAACUGCCCGCCUUGCUGACAGAGGCCCAAUCCCAAGCACUCCAGCCAUACGCGUCUGCCUUGUUCCAAAGUAUUUUGGAUGGCUUCCCUGUCAAGCUCAAGUCCGAGGGCGUCUUCCACCGCCGUGCAGCCUGCUUGUUGGUAGGGAAGAACAGAUGA